UCACUGUGCAGAGAGAGAGAGAGAGAGAGAGAGAGAGAGGAGGGAGAAGCGAGCACUCCUCGCUCGCUCGCUCGCUCGCUCACUGCAGGCUCUGAGUUUACAGGCAGAUUUUCUUGGCUCGGAUGCGGCGCUCAUGACAGGAUUAGGAGCCGGGGACGCGGGACCAACCGGAGAUCUGCAAGGUCCUUGUCGAGCCCGAGCCAGAUUCUCACCCUGCGCAGCUGUGACCGGGAUCCCGCCGGCAGUCUUCAAACGCUGACCCCGAGCACCGCGAGGCCUGACUUCCCCCCCCUCUCCUCUCCCGCCAUGCGCCUCCUGGCCGUCCUGCUCCCCUUGCUGCUGCUCCUCCGGUCGGCCGAGCCCCGGAGGGGUCCCCGGUCGAAGGUCGGCGAGAGGGGCGGCGGCCGCGUCCGGGGCCGGGGCAGGGUCGGGGUCGUGCGGCGGCAGACCCAGGAGUGUAAGGAGUACAUGGAGGCUGGAGAGAAGUACCUGGACUGCCAAGACCGGCAGCUGACCACCGUGAUGCAGGAAUGGCCCACAGACAUCCAGCACCUGCUGCUGGCACGGAACAAAAUCCAGGUUUUGAGGGACAACAUGUUCUCCCAGUUCACCCAGCUGAAGAGUCUGGACCUCCAGCAGAACGACAUCUCCCGGGUGGAGGACGGCGCCUUCGCCGGCCUCUCGAAGCUCACCACCCUGCUCCUCCAGCACAACAGCCUGAGGACGGCCUCGGAGGAGGUGCUGCUGCCCCUGCCCCGCCUCACCUACCUCCGUAUCUACGACAACCCCUGGAGCUGCCUCUGCCCGCUGGACAGCCUGGUCAGGACGCUGCAGGUCCCCAGCCACCGCAACCUGGGCAACUACGCCAAGUGCGCCGAGCCCCCGUCAUUGAGUGGGACGAAGCUGAAGGCGGUGAACGUGGACUCGCUGUGCGCGCCGGACGCGAGGCCGGAGGUCGGGGGCGGACGGCCGCCGAUCAAGAAGCCGAUAAAAAAGAAGCCGGAGGCUCUGUCCAUGUGCCACACCUACAUGUUCCCCAAGCUCCUGCUGGACUGCAGCUCCAAAGAUCUGAACAGCAUCCCGGCCGACCUGCCGUCCGACAUCGUGAAAAUGGACCUGUCACACAACGGCAUCAAACACCUCAGGCCCAAACAGUUCCUGCUGUCCAAAGACCUCAAGAUGCUCAACCUCAGUGGCAACAACCUCCACGACAUAGACACAGCUGCUUUCGCCGGCCUGCUGUACCUCCGCGAGCUGGACCUGUCCAACAACAGCCUCCACCACUUCCAGUACGGCGUGCUGGAGGACCUCUACUUCCUGCGGAAGCUCUCGCUGGACGACAACCCGUGGGUCUGCGACUACAACAUCCACUACCUGAUCUACUGGCUGAAGCACCACCCGGGCGUCUACUACACCGGCCUGACCUGCGCCGAGCCGCGGGAGUUCCGGGGCUGGCGGGUGGAGGACUACGUCAAGACCUACAACGGGGAGUGUCCCAAGGAGAGACAGACGGAGGGGACGGACGCGGGGCAGGGGCCGCAGGGGGGGUCGGAGAACGAGGCGCAGGAGGUGGUGGGGGAGACGGGCGAGGCGCACGGCGACCGCCUGCCGCAGCACCUGAGGAAGAAGCCCAAGAAGUUCGAGGUCAUCCGGUUGAGUUAGGGCGGAGGGGCAGGACUGGACUGACGAAGGAAGUUACAAAAGACGGCUGGUCGACUCAGUAAUUUGACGCUAAAAAAAAAAGAUUCAAACCCUCUAGAUUUCAUUAGGUCAAUCAAAUUUACCUCUUCCUGUUUAUACAACACAAAAACCUGUCAUUCAGAUUGAUAUUUUAUUAGCUGCACAGUCAAAUUACUGAGUUUAUACCUUUAAAUAAAAACUUUUUUUGUUGCUUUUCUUUUACCCCCCCCCCUCCCUUUUUUUAUACCAAACAUUCCCAGGACACUCAGUUUAAAUUCCCCCUGAGCUGAACUGCAGGAGCUUUCUCUUUCUCUUACAGUAUGUUUGAUAUAACAAUCAGGAUAUAAUAUUUUCCCCUCAAAAUGUCGUCUCUCUACUUGUCUGCUGUUUUGUAUGACCCUGUCUACCUGUUCUCUGGAAAUAAAUUGGCUUUAUUUUUU